AUGAACUCUAUCAAUCUACCAUACUUCGCUGAUAGUGCAAGCUUUCCUGCACCUUUACCAACAGUGCAAGAAAUUGAGUCCGCAACCGAAACUAUUCAACACACCACGGGGCGCAAAAUCGCUGUAGUUGGCGAUCACUUCGUUGUCAAAUAUGGAGUCCAUGUUGACCUACUGGAGGGAGAAACAACGCUCUUCCUAGGAAAAUCAACAAAUGUUCCAGUGCCACGCAUUUAUGCAUUGUUCCAGAGCCCCGACAAACGCUGCAGCUACAUCAUCAUGGAGCGUAUUUCAGGGUGGACACUAGAUUUGGAAUGGCCAAACAUGGAUGAAGCGAGAAAAGAUGCCGUCUGCUCAAUACUACGAGCCAUUCUUGAGGAAAUGCGGAAGCUAGAAUCUCCUGGAGGAUACUGCAGCAUUGGGCGUCGCGGGUUGCCCGACGGUCCGUUUUGGACAAUGGACCCGUUAGAUCCAUUCAGGGGGCCAUUCGAUACGGAAUCAGAUUUGAACGAGGCCAUGAUCGCAAAGUACGUCGCAGACGGCCUCUCUCAACACAAGGCAAACUUCUACUCGCGUACCUUUAAAGAAGUGUUUCGAAAUCACGUCCCCGUGUUCGCACACGCAGACCUCCAGCGGAAGAAUAUCAUGGUUCGCUUCUCUUCAAAAGCGACAGGGUUGAAGCAGCAAGGGAACGUUGAGCGCCUGGAGCUUGUGAUCAUCGAUUGGGAGUAUGCUGGCUGGUAUCCAAGCUACUGGGAAUAUGCAAGAGCCGUGUGGGCUUGUGGACGAUGGCAAGACGACUGGAAUUAUUGGAUUGAUCAAAUACUGGAUCCAUUUCGAAACGAAUUUGCUUGGGUGGAGAUGCUCCUUAAAGAAAUGUGGGGCUGA